UACUAUUACAACUAUACAACGACGACGACGAAGACGAGAACGACGACAAUUACUACCUGCACAGCACCCUUUUCUCGCCUACACCUUUCUGAUACACUACAGGUCUCGCUUUGAAUGGCGCCUCUGUUGCACCGGUGCUUUUGAUAACGACGAGAGGCUGGCAGACGCAAUUAGAUUCUGGAAUUUGGAGUAGAGGGGAAGCGUGAUGGCGGCGCUGCGGAGCUCGCAGGGAUUGGCAGCGGGUGGCGGCCUGGGGUCUGGCCGGCCCAAGUCGAGCUGCAGCAGCUCCUCGGCAGCGCAAGGUGCAGACACGCCUCGGUCCACGCCGCCCAUUUUCUCGAGAAGAGCUCGUGAGAUACAAGCAGACGAAGGAAUCAGUCUUGCACCCUCGCCUUAUCUUCCUCCGGCUCUUCGCGACGGCGCAACGACGGCCGAGCAGACUGGCAUCUCGAUGCAGCCCUACCAGCUGUCGACGUCGCCCAAUCCACCGGUCGGUGCCAUCUCCCCACCUUCGUCUGCAAAUGGCUCCAGACUCCUGAAGGGACGGGCGCGGGCUGGCACGCUGCCCUCGUCGUGGGUCGCAGAAGGAGGAGGAUCGUCAGGAGAUGGAGCACAAGCAGGAGGCGCAAGUGGGGCCAUUGGCGAUCCCUUGCCGCCGCAUACAAACCACCUUCGAGACCAAAGAUCCUGGAACUCGAGUGGCGCCGGCUCGCAAUCCUCGUCGUCGUCUCGGGUCUCUGCCAGUCCGCUGGCCAGCAGGCUCGGCUCCAUGGCCUCAGACACGAGUCUCUCGGACGAGUUCUCCAAUGCGCGCUCCCGCAGUGGUUCUGCUUCGGCAUCCUCUUCCAACCAUGCGAUCUCUCUCGGUGGUGGUGGUGGUGGUGGUGGUGGCGGCGGCAGUGGUACCGGUGCUGGUCCUGGUGCUGGCGGCGCAUUCAUGACCGGUCUGGCUAGGCUCUCCUCGAUCAAUGAUGACGGGUACGGACACGGAUCAAAGACGCCCAACAGACUCCUGUCUUCAGAGUCGUUCCAUCACCAGCAAUCAAGCACCUCUGCCGCCCAGCGAUUGAGGUCGGGCAGUCUGGCCAGCGCGCUCCCUGGGCUGGGAAACAGCGCCUUUGGACCCUCGCUCUUCUCGACCUGGCCCGAGGAUGACGACCGGAGCUCGACGGCCGUGGGACGCAGCAACAGCCGCCUUGGAGCGCACAACAGCAGCAGUGCUGGCGCCAGCAGGUCCAGCAGUCGCUUGCACUUUUCUCACGACGACCACCCCGACAGCCCCGAGGGCGGCGUCCAGACGCUCGACUACCUCGGCCUCGCAGGCUCCUCCACCACUGGCACCACCAGCAGCGGCAUCGACUCGGUCCGGCACGACGAAGACGCCCUGUACACGAGCAGGCCCUCGAUGGCCAGUGGCUUUGGUCUCCACCGCAACCGUGCCAGCACUCUGGCCUCAACUUCACGCCCGCGCACCGACCGCAAUGGCCUCACCCUCUCCACCAACGGCUUCAAUGCUGCCAUCGACGAUCACUUUGCCCAUCGCCAGCACCGUCUGCGUCCUCAAGACCAUCAUAGUAACCUCAACCACCACAGCCACUACGACCACACUAGCGACGUCCACUCCGAGGGAACCAGGAGCGCGACGUCGUCGUACGACGAGAAUAUCGCAGCCUAUGCGCUGGAAAUCGGCCUGGACCCACAGCAGGUGGCGGCCACCAUUGCCGCCGUCACAGGCCAUCCGGUCACCCAGGCGGCAAGGUUGAACGGUGUGGGAGGGCCAGCAGCAGGCAUGGCUGGCCGCAAUCGGGCAGGGACCGUGGCCGCGAUGCCUGGCCCAGGUGGCCGCCAGCGGGCUCAACAAGAGCUCGUCAGGAUGCUCCAGGCCAAUGGCCUCAACACGGCCACGCCCGAGGUGCAGCAGCUCCUCGCCAGCAUCGCCGGCUCGUCGAGCAAUCCGCAGUAUGCGCCCCUCGAAGGAUUCCCCCAUGUCAAUGUCUCCACCCCGCCGCCUCCUCCGGCGCAUGUGCAGCCCAUCUCGCCCAUGUACUCGCCCUCGUCUACGCGCCAGAACACGUCGCCCUCGACCCCAGCGAUCCUCGGGCCUGGCAGCGGCAGCGAUGCCACGUCCGAGGGCAGCAGACAGACGCUGAAUCCGAGCGAGCGCACGUCGCAGUCCUUUGCACCCACCAGGAGUCUCUGGAUCGGCAAUCUGCACGCUGCUACGACGGGCCAGGACCUGAUGAGCGCCUUUGCGCCCUAUGGUGCCAUUGAGUCGUUGCGCCUGCUGCCCGAAAAGGAGUGCGGCUUCGUCAACUUUGUCGAGAUGAGCGAUGCCAUCAGGGCGCGCGACGAUGUUCUCAACCGGCUUGGAGGCCGACUCGGCUCGAUGGGCACUGGCAUCAGCGGCACGGUCCGCAUCGGCUUUGGCAAGGCUGACCUGGUGCCCGUCGCGCCCUCGUCGAGCAAUGGUGUGCCCGUCUCUGCUGCCUCGCUGGAGCGGACGUCUUCUUCGUCGCCGCGCUUUGACAGCAUGCCCAGCUCUCAGCCCAUGACCCCUGGUGCCUCCGAGGGCAGCCAGCCGACAAGGGCCUUGUGGGUGGGCAGCAUUCCCAGCUCGACGACGGCAGAAGCCCUGCUCAGCGUCUUUCAGCCAUUUGGUCCCAUCGAAAGUGCAAGGGUGCUCGGCCACAAGAACUGCGGUUUUAUCAACUACGAGCGCCUCGACGAUGCCAUCCGAGCGCGAAAAAUGCUCCAAGGCAGAGACCCUCUGGGCACGGAAGUUGGGCCGAUGAAGAUUGGCUUCGCAAAGGUGCCCUCCAAGAAUCAGGAGCAGUACCCAUCCCAGAAUGUCGACAGCGUCUUGCAGGCGUACCAGGCUGCCGUCGAUGCACUGGCCGAAGUCAAAGGCGCAGCCAACGCGGGCAUUUCGACAGAGCAGCAGAUUCAGGGUGGUCGUCUAGAGGACUAUCGAAGUAAUCUCGUGCUGCAUCUCCUCAACAACGAGCACAAGCAGCAGCAGCAGCAGCAGCAGCAACAACAACAACAACAACAAUCACAAAUCGAAGGAGGCAACGGAAGUGGCAAGCAAAGUCGGACGGACUCGCCCACGGGUAUCCACGUCCGCACCGGCUCGCUGACCGGCACCAGCUCGUCGAGCAGUAUUGUGCCCAGUAGCGACAAGGGCGGCGUGCCUCUUCCUCCGCAAAUGGUACCUCGACCGAGUGUGACGGACUUGCAGCUGCUCAUGCGCCAAAUGAGCGAGGGCGAGGCCGAAGCGGACAUCGAGGCCGAUGUGGCAAGUGUCUCCGAGUACCGCCCUCCCGCCACGUACUACACCUCGAUUCCUCUGGUCUCUGAUGUCUCGAUCACGCGCCGUUUCGACACGAGCCGGCUGCGUGAGCUUCGGAGAAGCAUCGAGAAUGGCCAGAUGGGCCCGGCCGACUGCGAUGCCCUGGCGAGCGACUACCUGGACUGCAUCGUCGAACUCGCGAGCGACUACCUUGGCAACACUCUUGUCCAGAAGUUCUUUGAAUUCUGCUCAGAGGGAGUCAAGAAUACAUUGCUGCAGCGUCUGGCUCCCCACUUGGCCACCAUUGGAUGUCACAAGAACGGGACGUGGGCGGCCCAGAAGAUCAUCGACUGCGCUCAGACGCCAGAGCAGUUCCGGUUGAUUGCACAGUACCUGCGGCCAUAUGUGCCCCCGCUCCUCUUGGAUCAGUACGGCAACUACGUGGUGCAGUGCUGCUUGCGCUGGCGUGACGUCAGCGACUUUGUCUUUGACGCCAUGGUGGAUCGGUGCUGGGAGAUUGCGCAGGGCCGCUUUGGCGCCAGGAGCAUACGCGGCUGCCUCAUGGGCAAGAUUGAGCCCACGCCAAGGCAGAAGAAGCGGGUGGCCAUUGCCAUCAUUCUCAAUUCCCUACCCUUGGCGACGAGCCCCAACGGCAGCCUCCUGCUAGCCUGGCUCCUCGACAACUCGGCCAUCAACGGUCGGUACAGGCUGCUGGCGCCGCGCUUCUCGCCUCACCUCGGCGAGCUCUGCACGCACAAGCUCGCGUCCCAGUCGGUCCUUAAAGUCGUUCUUCAAAAGGUGGAGCCCGAAGCGAGCGAGACGAUCCUGAGCGCCCUCUUUGAUUCGCCAAAGGACAAGAUGCUGGAAGAGGUCCUCACCGACCAGCUCCAUGGCUCUGGCUUUGUCACCAAGAUUCUGUCCAGCUUGGAGUCGCCCGAGAAGCCGCGCUACGUGGAGCAGGUCAAGAAGAUUGUCACCAGCCACAAGCUGGCGGGUGUGCCAGCCUACAGGAGGUUGAUGGAGGAGCUCGGCAUGCGAGCUCACGCUGGUGCGCCCGCUUUCGAUGCUACCUCUGGCUCCGGCCUCAUGCCCGCUGGAUUCCCCGCCCCCGCCUACCUCGGCGGCCAAGCGCCUGGUCUCGAUCUGAACGCCAUGAUGUCUUCGAUGGACCUUGGUGCGAACGGCGGCGCUGUCCUGCCCCCACCUCCUGCCGGUUUCCCACAGACGACCGCCUAUGGAUACCGGCCCAUGUCUAACAACCAGUUGCCCGCAUUCGCCAAGAAUAAUCACAACCCUGCAUCCAUGCCAGAGACCUAUCCCUCUCAUCAGGCUGACGCCUUUAAUCCCUGUUGGGAUGCCAACGUGCCGUUUAGUCCGCCUCCGGCCCGCACUCCGUCGACCGGCCAGCAUCCCGGCAUGUCGACGUACGCACACCCGCAUCACCAGCAGCAAUACCAAUCCUAAUCGAGGGGACACCACGGCGAGGGAAAAGUCAAGCGUCACUCUCUCUCUCUCGUGUCUUUGCUCCCACGUAUCGCCCACUUCCUUCCCGAUCUCGAUCUCGUUUGUCCAUUAUGUGGUUUCCUACGCCGGCGCGCAACCAACAAGCACACCAUCUCUUUCCUUCGUCUGCGGGUCGUCGCCAUUCGACUGAGUCACCUAACCUUCUAAUACCAAUCGGGGCCAAAGGAGAGGGAACGCACCACCUACUCCUUUUCUUUAUUAAUCUCACGUCUUACUAUCAACGGCAAC